AUGGAGGAAUUUGCCGUUAUGAUCGGAUGUUUGUUUCUCUCAGCCUUAAUGAGGGUGACAGCGUGUACUUAUAUGGAAGAAGAAUCAACUCUACAAAUGGAACUUUUAACAGGUUACAAUUUCAACGUUCGCCCUACUUCAAAUGGCACCGAGAAAACGGUUAUUGGAUAUGACUUCUACAUCAAAAGCAUCAACGAUUUCAAAGAAGCAGAAGGAAAACUGUCUCUUACAGGAGCACUUUCAGUUUAUUGGAGAGAUCCUAGAUUGUCAUGGUCAACUUCAUUACCACCUUAUGACAAAAUUAAUUCAACUUCAUUCAAGUCAUUUCAGGUGUGGACCCCAAGUUUUAUUUUAUCAAAUGCGUUUGGAAGCUUUAGAAGACUUGGUGUUGAAAGUGGGGUAGUGCAUUUUAGCUCAACAGGUUUUGCUCUUAUGCACGUUGCAGAUAUGUUUGAGGCUAAAUGUCUCUCUGAUGUUCGAUCAUACCCAUUUGAUGUGCAAAGAUGUCAACUGGAGAUAGUGCCCUGGGAUAUAGAGGCUACCACAUUAAAAAUCAUUUCCCAAAAGGAACCUGUCUCGCUUCAAUAUUAUACCAUGAGUGGUUUAUGGGAUAUCGAAAACACACAUACAUACGUAUUGCCGUUCCCAUUGUUUGACCAAAUAACCGUUUCAGUGGAAAUAAAACGUCGUACACUCUACCAUGUGAUCUUGUUGAUGAUUCCAUUGUGUAUUCUCAGCAUACUUCCCACUUUGGUAUUUCUGAUACCGGUAGAAUCUGGAGAGCGAAUGGGGUACUCAACCACUAGUUUGUUGUCGCUCCUGCUUUAUCAGACAGCCAUAGCAUCGAAACUUCCAGAAUCAUCGAUCCCUGGACUUUCACUGUUAAUAUUAAAGACAUUUGCAGAAUUCCUCCUAGCUUGUAUCAUAUUGAUUAUGUCCGUUUACGCCAUUAAAUUUUACUAUUACGAUGAAAAUACACCAAUUCCAAAACCAAUGAUUUUCCUGAAUUGGAUCAUGGCAAGGAAAAAAGAAAAUGUAAUACAUACUAAGAAAGUUCAGUCAGAACCGGAAAACGAGUCCAAGGUGAGGACAGUAUGGAAGGAGGAACCUAGAAUAACCUGGCAAGACUUAUCCCAUAGUUUUGAUAAAUUCUGCUUGCUUUUUUCGAUAUCAAUAUUCAUCGGGGUGAAUAUCGUGUUUCUUGUUUUGAUAAACACACCAAAGUAA